AUGCCUGCUCAUGAAAGAAUAUCGUCCCUGAAAGAUGAUCCAGACUCACCAAAUAGCACCACACCAUACAGUCGGACACCAGAACUACGAGUGACGCACAAAUUGGCGGAGAGAAAGCGGAGAAGCGAGAUGAAAGACUGCUUUGAGCAAUUGAGAAUCAAACUUCCUACCAAUCAAAACAACAAAUCCUCGAAGUGGGAGACUCUUGCGAGAGCUAUCGAUUAUAUCAGCCAGCUCGAGGGCCAGAACAAACAGAGUCGUAUGGAGAUGGAUCGAACUCGGGAACAAAUGCACCAAAUGGAGCUUCAGAUCAAAGAACUAACAGCCCGGGUUGGUGCAGGUAGUAACUAUGCACCGCCACCAAAUUCCCUCCCCUACAAUGGGACCACUUAUAGCAACGGCCACGACUCGGAUACGUCGAGAACUCUUCCACCUAUCAUGAAUGGCAAUGCAAUGCAAGGAGUGCAAUAUGGAGAGAAUGGACGAUAG